AGGUGUAUGUAAAUCUGCAGCCUCAUCAAAUGAACUUCAGAGUAGACAUCGACUAGACACACCUCCCACAGCACACACCAUAUAAAACUCAAAGCUGUUCCUGCAGCUGAAGACCCAGACAGAACCACGAAGGGUGAAGAGAAAACCAACAACGCCAUUAACCCUGAGAUCAACACCAUCCCUCACAACCACGACAACAGAGAGAAUAAAAUGGCUUUAAAUCUCUUAACGCUGCCAUGUGUCAUGAUGAUGAUGAUAAUGAUGAUGACGGUGGUCACUCAGGCUGCUUCUUUGAAGCCUCACGGAAAAGUCAGUCAUCAGAAGCUUUCGGGUUCUUCUGAAGAAGAUUCUCCCAAAUAUUUCAUCAUCACCAACCUGGAAUCUGAAAUCAAAUCCACCUCACACUCCAUCCGGCCGAUCCACAACGACUCCAUCUCACCCUGGGAAUACAUUACCACGACUGACGGGAAUCGGAUUCCAUCUCAGCUUUCAGAGGCCCGAUGUCUCCUGACUGGCUGUUUGAACUGGAAAGGGGUCGAGACCUUGGAGUUGGAGUCCAGACGGAUUUUCCGGCAGGUUCCGGUCCUGCAGAGAGUCCGGGGAGACGACAAAAACUACUUCUUCCGACUGGAAUAUAAAAUCAUCUCAGUGGGCUGCACCUGCGUCCGGCCAUACGUCGAGCAAAUCUGAUACACAAACCCUUUCAGUGGAUUUUCAUAAGGGACUCAGUAUUAUUAUUAAUAUUAUUAUUAUUAUUUAUGUAUCACUUUUUAUAAGAUUCCAUUUUAUUUAUUAGGUUUUUUUUUUUACUUUUUACAGUGUUUAUUUUUAUUAGAAAAUUUGUGUAGGUUUGAAGUUUGUGUGUUACAUCUGUUAUUUAUUUACUGAUUAAAUAACAGAAGGAGGAAUAGUGAA